AAGAGGAGGAGGAGGAGGAGGAGGAGGCUAACUAUCGCUGCAUGAUCACACUGAGCACACCCUGCCAGAGAGCCAGUCAGUGUUAACAGGCACAUAAAAAUGUCGGGGAAGAGUUUCAGAGUCAGCGAUGGCGACUGGAUUUGUCCCGAUAAAAAGUGUGGAAACGUGAACUUUGCUAGAAGAACUAGUUGUAACAGAUGUGGCAGGGAGAAAACCACAGAGGCAAAGAUGAUGAAAGCAGGAGGGACAGAGAUUGGGAAAACUCUGGCCGAGAAGAGUCGAGGCCUCUUCAGUGCAAAUGAUUGGCAGUGCAAAACAUGUGGCAAUGUGAAUUGGGCUAGAAGGUCAGAGUGCAACAUGUGUAACACACCGAAAUAUGCCAAGCUUGAAGAGAGAACAGGUUAUGGUGGAGGUUUCAAUGAAAGGGAGAAUGUGGAAUAUAUUGAACGGGAGGAAUCUGACGGCGAAUAUGAUGAAUUUGGUAGGAAGAAGAAAAAGUUUCGUGGAAAGACCAACAGCACAUCUUCCUCAAAAGAAAGUGAAAAGAAAGAAGUAGCUAAAGCUGCGCCUGCAGAUGAGGAGGAAGAAGACGAGGAAGAGGAGGAAGAAGGGGAUCUUUCCAAAUACAAAUUAGAUGAUGAUGACGAUGAAGAGGAAGACGAAGAUGGAGACCUGUCGAAGUACGACCUGGACGCCAGCGAUGAUGAUAAGCCAGCUAAGAAAAAGGGCAGCCGCUCUGGUUCUUCCCGCUCCCGCUCGUCCUCUCGCUCCUCCAGCUCCAGUUCACGGUCGAGGUCCAGGUCCCGCUCUAGAAGCUCAUCCAGUUCCAGGUCUGGAUCUCGCUCGAGGUCCCACUCCAGAUCCAGCUCCAGGUCUGGAAAGGGCUCCUCUCCCCGGAAGAGGUCCCGCUCACCCUCCUCCUCACCUGAGAGGACACAGAAGCGCAGUCGCUCCAGGUCCUCAUCUGGAGGGAGAAAGAGGAAGCGUUCUAGAUCACAUUCGUCCGAAAGGUGCGGCGGCCAGUCCUCUGGAUCCUCCCAUUCUGGCUCCAGUUCAAAAAAGAAAUAACUUUAUUACAGCCUUUAAGACAAGAAAAGGAACCUUAGUACAAGUGCAUGUUGUGUUGCAAGGAAAAACAACCACAUCCUUUCAGUAUGCUGUUCAUUUUCAUAGAAAAGUCUUAUUUCCCUCAACAACAACACCAACAAAAAAAAAGACAGCGGCAACAUGACUUCUCUGCCGUUAUCAUUACAUGUCCCUUUUUAAAACCACACAACCCCCAAUCUGUGACAAGUGUCUGUAAUUACAGGUUUCCAAUAAACAUAAAUGUUUGGUCCUGUAAGAAAAUCAGAUAUACUGUGAAGAGGCUGUAUCCCAUUUUAAACCCAUUCUGCUGAAUAUCUUCGUGGCAGUACAUUUCAUUCUACUCAUCUGUGGAGAAAUUGAAGUGAACAUUUUUUUUUAUUACUUUUUUUGGCCCUAGGAAACACCUAUUUCCAAAUAAGAAUAAAAGGUGAAGUACUUAAGCACCAAUUUAGAAUACCAGAGAUGUAGCAAUGAAUUUUGGCCCCAUUUGUUUUAUUUUCUUGAUAAAUAUAUAAUUUUUCUUUUGUGUUUUCAAGGUAAGUAUUUUACUUUUUAAUAUUGCUUGUUUUAAGUAAAUGGCAGCGAGUUCAACAUUCUUUGGUUCAGGUUUAAGUGUUGUGUUUUUUCUUUACACAAUUGACGCCUAGUUUACCACUCACUUAUUCCUGUUUGUUUGACACCUGGGUAACUAAUGAAUUCAAGAGAUUACAGAUUUUUGUGCUUCAGAUUAGUGUUUAAAGGAUAAACAUGCAGUAUGUCCCAAUUUAUGGUAGAAUGUGGCAAUACAGUCUUUUUAUUGGUAAAAACUCAAAUGUACACGUGUAAAUAAAAUCCUGUCAACAUUGUG